UUGAGCGUCAUUCUCCCAAAGCCUCACUUUCUAGUUUGGUGAAAAAUAACCCUGCAAACUGUAUUUAUUCUUAGGCCUAUCGUUACCCUUCCCACGGAAACAUGCCAACAUCUAUCUUUUAAGUGUAUGGUUGUUACGUUAGCUAGCCACAUAAAGCUAUGGAUAAUCAUCCAUCACUAGGUAGCUAACAAGGCUAGGUAACGGACUAGCCAGCACAACAUUCCUAACAGAAGCAUUAAACGCGCCAUUUUUGGACCUUCUUCUGGGUUUCAUACUCGUUGUAUAAGCUUCUGCGCACACUUUAUAAUUCAUAAUGUCUUUAUUUCGCUUGACCACGGUUUUAAUUGUGGUUUGUAACGUUUGUGCCACUUGGAAAGACAAAAGUUGAACCCCUCCUCAACUUACUCAGAGAGCCCAAUAGCCUGUCCUCCAUGAUGUGGAUGUGUGUUGCUGUUUUCCUGCUGUGGCUGAGGUCAGGAGGAUGCUCAGAGAAGGCCAACACAUCAGAAUUAAUCGAGUACACAGCUGCAGACUUCUAUGAGAAAUUGCAUUCUGGGAAGAUGAUGUUUAUCUAUUUUGAGCAUCAAGUCUCCCCUACCAUCUCCCUCUUCUUGCUGGAGUUGGAGAAAUCUGCUGACGCUCUGCAGGAUUAUGGAGUACUGGUUGGCAAGGUCAACUGCGAUAAAAAGCUGGUCCAGGCGUACUGCACCAAAGAAAGGGAGCGCCACACAGCGUUUCUGUUCAGAGGUGGUAAGGAGUUCCUGGGUUUUGAUUUGGACACAGUGUUUGACGUGAACUCCAUAGUGUCUGAAGUCCUGUUUGCCAUUCUGCGUGAAGAGGUGAAGUACGUCCAUACUGACACUGACCUGCUGGCCAUGGAGAAAGCAGCCAGAGGGAAGAAGGAUAUCGUGCUGGGUUAUGUCCGCAGUCUGGGAACACAAGAGCACAGAUCGAUUAUGGAGACAGCGUAUGUCUACGGAUCCAAAUACCAGUUCAUCCUCAUUACCGGAGGCCCCGUUUUGAAGCACUUAGGAGUUGAUGAGUCGUCUCCCUCCUCCCAGGUGUGGUUCCUCCACUGCAUAGUCCACAGUAAACUCCCGCGGAGCUCUGAGCGCUGCCCUCUGACCCGCAUGAGGAAACCCCUCUCCACCCUCAGCCUGCACUCCUUCCUGCAGCUCAUGGAGGCUCCACUGGUGUCGGAAGUUUACGAGGACCCUUCCUCGGUGCAGAACCCCCAGUUCCCCUACCAGCAGACCCCGCAGGUCUUCCUGUUCUCUCGCCCUGCAACCAAGCAGCAGGACCUGGACACGGCCACCGCACUGGCCUGGAGGCUCCGGGGCCUCGCCCUGCUGCUGCUCGUACACAGACUGAGUCCAGCUGUGAAAACCCCUGAUGAAUACAAUGCUGCUUACAGGCUGCCUGAGAAGAGUUCAGAGGUGAAGUAUUUGACCUUAAACGACCAUGAUGAGGUGCUGGAGCUCUUCACAAAUCAUGAUAAAGAGGAGGAAGACGAAGAGGAAGAUGAGGGGUGGCUGGAGGACGAGGAGGUGGAUUCACAUUUUGCCAAGCUGGACGAUGAGAUUGCUGCGUCCGUGUACGAAAACCGAGGCAACUUGCCGGACAUGGACUCAAUUACCCAGCUGACCUCUGCCAACUUCCACACGGCAGUGACUCAAAGCAGGCUGACGGUGGCGCUUUUCUACCUCAAAUGGGACGCUGUGUCAAUGGCUUUCCUCGGCUCCUUCAUUGAAGUUGCUGAGAGACUGGAAGGCUCUGAGGUGCAGAUGAGUGCAGUGGACUGUGGAGAGUGGACCGACCUCUGCGCUGCUCAAAGCUCCCUCCAAAUCCCCUUCCAGCCAAUCACGGCCUUCCCCUGCAUCUUGCUGCUCCGGCCCAAGGAGCCGGCGCAACACUACAGAGGCAUGCUGGGUAGUGAGGCGCUGCAUCGCUUCAUCUUGCUGAGCCUCCAAGCUUCUCCCGUGCUGCUCUCUACCAAAGAGGAAGUGACAUCCUUCCUUCAGGAAGUACCUCUCCCUGCGCUAGCAGGCUAUAAUCCUGACAGAGUGAUGGGACUGUUUAAGACACAAGUGCACACAGGUGUUUCACUGUUUGCUGAAGCAGCAAAGUCGCUGAGAGGAGAGAUGCUGACCGGACUACUGACAGAUGUGCUGGCAGAGAAAUGGGCUGCAGAGCACAGCAUGGAGCUUCCUGCAGUGUUGGUGUUUCCGUCCUGGAGGACACACACUCCUCACUCCACGCUGCCUGUAUCUACAUCCUCUGAGGAGCUGCUCACACACAUCCACUCUGCUCGGCUGCAUCCUCUGCCUGAGCUGACGGUGGAGAACCUGCCCUCCUUCCUCUCUCUGGGUAAAGCCCUCCUCCUCCUCUUUGUGGGAGAGGAGGAGGACGAGAUCGGGCGGAGGCAGAACCAGGCGCUGGUGGAGGAGAUGAGAGGAGUGGUGGAGUUGGGAGGAGGGAGGAUGGAGCAGUACCUGGCCUGCUGGAUCCACCUGGGCCGUACUCCAGCUGGUAUGUCCGUCCUGGGAUCAUACCUUGGCUCCAUGCCCCCGCUCCCCGCUCUGGUCCUCACCCAUUUGCCCUCAGGAAACGAUAUCUAUCAGUUCCCCCCCAACAUGCCCAUGGUGGCCUCUUCCGUCCUGCAGUGGCUGCAGAGGAUCCAGGAAGGGGCUGAGCCAGCAGCAGGUUUUUUGGGAGAGGACAGCUGGCCUCCUGCUGUGGAGUUCCUGGACUUCCUGAAAAUCAUGGACAUGCAGGAACCAGACUCCGCCCAGCAGCAAACUCCUGAAGAGGAAGAGGAGGAAGAGGAUAGCAAGGAAGAAGUUGUGAAGGCGGAUGAUUCCUCCUCCAGCGCUGCCACUUUUCACAAUAACCCUCACUCGGAACUAUAGCAGUGAAUUGGGACACUAAGUAAAUGAUUAACGAUGUGGAUAUAUUGAAUCUGGGUUUGUUGAGGGUUAUUGAGAUUCAUUUUUGUUCUUUUCUGAAAUCACAGCCGACUGCAGGAGAGGAGAACGGUUUUAAAGCUUGACUGCAGCACAAUGAUGGACUGCUGGAGAUUGAGGUGAAGUGUAAUUGAAGGUGGGUAGGACCAAAGGUCACUGUGAAGUUCAGAGUUAAAGUCAGUUUCAUAAUGACUGACACAUUCUGUAGGUGUUUCCUGCUCAAGGGUAGUUUCACAAUCAUUUCAUUUCCUAUGGGUUUUUCUGCCACGGUUUGUGACUGAUUCCUGGUGAACUGUGGCGGGACCCAAUUAGCUGACAAGUACUGUUACAGAUACAAAUCGCAGCAUUUCACAUUCUGUUGAGCAAGUUCAGAAGAGGGGUGUAGCUUAGCGUGGAAGUCGAUGAUGUCAUAUCAUACGUUUUUCGAAUACUGACCUUACAGCUGCCUUCCCUCUUAUGAAACAACAUCUUGCGUGGAAAUUGCAAUGACUUUAGGUCAGGGGUAGUUAUGUCCUGAAGUUAUUCUGACGCAUACCACCUCUUAUACGGUAAAUCAUAAGACGUCUGUGUCUUUUGCCCGGCAGUUUGGAUGCAGAACAAAAUAGGUAAAUUGGGUCAGCACGGUUCUUUGCAAUUAUUGUGGUGGCUUCUGGGAAGUUUUGUGGAUGUUCCAAUUAAUCCCCGUGAAUCACCAUUUAUAUCAAAGUACUGGCAGAAUCAGAGUCAAGUUAUUGCCAGGUAGGAUCAGAUAUAAUCGUGGGUGCAUAUUAAAAGGGGAAAGUAUGUAAAAUAAGAGCAAAUAUAGAAAUAUAAAACAGCUAUUAUAAAACAAUGUUUCCAAUGAAUAUUGACAAAGAUAUUACCAAGUAUAGCACAAAAUGUGCAGUAUAUUUGUAUGUAAAGUGGAAGUAAUAUACAUAUUGAUACAAAACAUGUUUGUAAGUUGGAGUUUGAAACAAUAUAAGUGAACGGGAAUGAAAUGCACAGGACACUUGGGGCAUAUUGAUGUAUUUGUUUAGGUAUAACAGUUUAGGACAGUUGGGCCUUGUAAAGUAUGGGUAUCUUAAAUCAGGACAUUAGUUUGAAUGACCCCUCUUAGAAAAUAACUGACCCCAUCCGGCCCCUUGGGUUCCAUAUUCACACUUGCUUUACCACUUUAUAUACAGUAGAUGCAGCUGUGAUAUUAAAAGCCGUGACAUCUUUCUUCUAAGAAUACUUUUGGUUUGGUUGAAGUCCAAUAUUUUAUUUAUCUACUCCUUUAAAAGAUAUUGAAAGGCUUUUUUGAUACGCAUUAAAAAGGGCCAAAGCAACUUGCAGAGAGCUGUCCUUAAAUAGCAAAUGAUUCCUGUCUUAGAGUGGAUUUCUCCAUCAUGAAGUCAGCGUUCUGUUUAUCCUGUGUGUUGAAGUUAAUCAGUGUCAGAGCUGCUGGGUACAGAGCACAAAAACAUGAUUAGAGCCUAGGUAAAGCAGCACAUGGCAGGAUUUCACCGUAUCUGUUUAGGUUUUCCAGUACUGCUGGUGAUUAUACAGGAUUAAAUCCGGAGGUGCCGCCAAGUUGUGGCGCCUGGGAAGAAACAUUUUGUCAAAUUUCUGGGAUUAAAGAGCUUAUCUGACCUUAAGUCAUGUGUCAGCUAUGUAAUGUGUGGCAGAGAAUGUGAAAUAAAUGCUAGCUUUUAACAGUUAGCUGUCCUGCUGUUGGCAGAUGUUUCAGGCAGUCCUGCCAUCGGAGCUGGAGAAGGGAUAAAAACAGGAGGUGACUGUGCAUCUGCAGACAGCUCAAUUAAGGAUGACAAAUGAAAUCUAUUCAUCUGCUUAUGGUGGACAACUUUGUUGAGCUCAGCAUUCUUUUUGAAUACCACCAUACUUUAGUAUUAUUUUAUACUUCCAACCCACUUUUUUACUCCACUCUACUCAUUCAAAACUCACAGUUACUAUUUACUUUUAAUUAACCCACGUAUCUUAAAUUAGCUCCACAUUGAAAUGCUACAACAUACAAUCUGAUGGUUAUUUGUUUGUGAUGAAAACAUUAUGAUAUUAUAUUCUAUUAUGUUAUAAUCCUAUGAAAAGUGCCGUUCAUAAUGUGUAUUCUUACUUUUGAACCUUUAGUAAAUGAAGCUGAUAAUUCAAUGCACUUAAUUUCCAUUCAUUACUUUUUAAAGGAGAAUUUGACAAUCAUAGUAUUUAUAUUCCUACUUAAGUAAAGGAUCUAAGUACCGUCACCUCUUCCUGCUGGUGGUGAAUUUAUAUCUGUGUGUGUGGCCGGUUUAUUGUCACUUAUGGAUUUACAAAUCCCUACAGGAGUGUGGUGGUGGUGGAAAGAGAGUGGAGAUGUGUCUGCUGGAAGUAAAGCUGAUAGAAAGAG